CGAUCGGAAUCGAUGAGAUUAUGGAAACGAGGCGUUCUCUCUCGAGUUGUUUACCAAUGAUGAAUUCAGCAUGGCCAUGCACCCCUCCGAAGUGCUCUGGAAUGACACGGAAACUCACAUGCUUCUGAAGCGUAAACAAACGACAUGAGAGAAGCUUCCUAUUUCUAAAUGAUUUUCUAGGUGUGAAUCAAGAUUAAUCUCCGGUUCCGUUACAGCUCCAUACAAAUAGGGACAGAAAAUGGUUUCGUCUCGGCCCGCUCCGAUACUGCUACUUACCCCGGGGUCCUCUUCCCCGGGAGGCAGUGAGAUAGACCGAUGAUGUGACUUCUGAUCAAAACCAAUUGCGUUGAUAUCGUUACUAGGGUCUAUCCUCACUCAUUUCUAGCUCAAGAUGGGAGCCUACCGUUACGUGCAGGAAUUGUACCGCAAGAAGCAGAGCGAUGUGAUGCGCUAUCUGCUGCGUGUCCGCGUCUGGCAGUACCGCCAGCUGACCAAGUUCCACCGUGCACCGAGGCCGUCGCGCCCGGACAAGGCCCGCCGCCUGGGAUACAAGGCCAAGCAGGGCUUCUCGAUCUUCCGCAUUCGCGUGCGCCGUGGUGGCCGCAAACGCCCAGUUGCCAAGGGUUGCACCUAUGGCAAGCCCAAGAGCCACGGAGUCAACGAGCUCAAGCCGUACCGUUGCCUGCAGUCCGUUGCUGAGGAACGUGUCGGUCGUCGCGUUGGCGGUCUCCGCGUGCUGAACUCCUACUGGGUGGCCCAGGAUGCCGCCUACAAGUACUACGAGGUCAUCAUGGUCGACACCGCCCACAAUGCCAUCCGCCGCGACGCCAAGGUCAACUGGAUCACCAGGGCCGUGCACAAGCACCGUGAACUGCGUGGCCUCACUUCGGCCGGCAAGAGCAGCCGUGGACUGGGCAAGGGCUACCGCUACGCCCAGACCAUCGGAGGAUCCCGGCGGGCGUGCUGGCGCCGUCGCAACCGUCUGCACAUGCGCCGUUACCGUUAAGCUGGCGGUGGUUGUUAUGGUUGCUAAUGCUGCCGCAGCGGCUUAGUAAUUGUACUUCUGCUAACUGUCUUUUUCCGUUUUCCAAAUGGAGUAUGCCGCCGAUAUGCAAAUGGAUACUGUUUGUAUAUUAAGAAUAACAUCAAUAUACAAAAAGCUUUAAAAUCAA